AUUCAAUUCAACAAAACAGUUGAAAAACAAAACAAAAACAAAUGUUCAGUGGAAACCACAAAACACCAUGGAAACUCACAACAAAACGGUUUUGCAGGGCUUAUUGAAAAUUAAUUUAGUUACCCGAAAAAAGAUAAGUGCCGAAACCGAAAGCUAAAAAAAGUUUCACAUAACGUUUUAACAGCUCAAACAGUCGUUUUGCGUCUGUGGUAUUUGCAGUGGCAAAGUAGGCUUCACUUGUUUUUUGCGCCUAGCAACCAACUUUCAACAAAACCUCCAUUUUAAAAGGAAACUUUGGGCUAAACUCGCACGAAAAUCGUGAACUGGCAGUGUUAAAAACCCGCCCUAUGUUUAAUUGUUUUGCAGGUUCCAGUUAAGAAUAAUUCAAUUUCCCAAAAAAAGAAUGAAUAGGCUAAAUCGGCCCGAAGGCAACCCGAACCCGGAAAAUUUCGGUUUCCACACGUUGCCAGGCGCUGGUCCGAGAGUUGGUCCUUCUGGCGAGCCUUCUGGCAAUCAUCCAACUUACUACCAAGACGCGACUUUUGGUUUUGGGCCCCUGUUUCCACCUUUGAUGCCCCAGAAUUCACCGUCGGCUGUGCAGUAUCAGUGUUUCAACCCAAGCUCCAUUCAAUCACCCCUACCCCCUGAAGGCUAUAAUUUGAGCCAAAUCACACAGCUUGACGAGGAGCUGUUGGACUCUGAGGAUUUUUUGAAGUUUUUGGACCACGGCUGCGUUAUUGCUGAGCAAAUAGCGUACAGACACCGCAACAGAUCUUUCUUCCGCAAGCUGCUAACUGUGUGCGCUAAAACCAGAUCAACAAUUCGCAAACCAAACAAAACUAUUCCCAACAUCAACUCAAAAGGCAUCCCAUGGGCCACCAGGGACUCGAUUCAUGCCUUUAUGCACUUGGUUGAUACCUGGAAAUUGAUGCGAGGCUACUGGGACAACAGAGAAGUAUUCUCCGGUUGUCACUUGGGUAUAAUCAGAACGAUGCUGAAUCCAGAAUUCAGGUCUUGCUACCUCCAGUGGGAGAAGCUGACCAAGGAAAUGACUGGUCACUUGAUGAACAUGUUUUACAAUUUGGACCAGAACUUCAACGCUCCCAGCUCAAGUACUGAAUUAUAUAAUACACCGUCUCCGGCGUCUCUGGUAAACCUAACCAGUAGCUCAUCUGAAGAAACUGUUAUAAACCAACUACCCUUUACCGACUCCUCAAUAUCCACUCAGACCAACUCCCCAAUAAUCACUCCAAGAGGCAUAAUCCAUUUGCCUGUAGCUUCGGUUAAAGAAACUGGCAACCCAGCUAAUCAAACCGUUUCAGAUUCCGACAAAAAAGAAAACUGUAAUCGAAGAUACAUAAGUGGCAACAACUAUUUCCCCCCUGGAGACUAUAACGUUCCAAAAACGGGGUGCAUCGCUCAGCGCAUUGAGGGUGUGGAUACUGAUGAAAACUUGCGCAAAGCGCAAGACGCCUGGGCUAAUUUCCAAUUGGAGCUGAACCUGUCCACCACCACCGAAAACAACCUUGAAAAUAUCCUCAGCGACUAUACAGAUGGCAAAAAUCCAAGGGUCCAGCAAGAGCGGAAAUCCUUAGAUUUACCUGUGAGAGAUCUACAUGGUCGUCAGAGUUCGACUACACUUCUUGGUGUGUGUAACCCGAGGGGUAGCCGAGGGGGUAACCCUUACGAGCUUCCAGGAGUUGGCAUCACCGAAACUGGACUAGAGUACAUUUUGAAAUAUUUGAUCAAUCGCCUUAUGCUUGUUGUGGGGCGUAAUGAAACGGAGGACUUGUAUGGGAUCAUAAGAAAACUUCUUAACGAAGAAUAUUCUCAUGUCAAUGAAGUUGUCAGAGAUCUGAAAUAUUUAACCAAGGUGUGGGAUAAGAGUGCCGUACCCCCCAAUAAUUGGACGUUCGAGCAAAAACUACAAUCUUUGCUGAUCACACAUUUUUUUGCUUAUGAUUUCGAUCACAUUGAAGGCUACCCAAACGAGCAGGUGGGUGCUCUGAAAUUCGUUUGAUGACGUUCUAUAUUGUUUUAUAAUAAUAGUUUAAUAAUUAGUUCUAGUAUUUUAUUUUUUUUUAAUUGCGUGACUUAUUUCGUUUACUCGAAAACGGAACUUCUUGCUGAUCACACGCUUUAUUGCUUACAAUUUUGAUAACAUUGAAGGCAUUGAGCGGGUGGGUCCUCUGAAAUUCAUUCGGUGAUUGCGAUUGUAUAAUAUUGUUUGAUAUCGAUAGUUUAAUUAGUUUUAACUGUGCGAUUUAUUGUUUCUUUUUGCUUCAUUGAAAAUAGAUGUUUCAAACUGUUUUUUCUUGGGUGUGUUUUUAAUUUUUUUUUUCUUGAACUGCAGUGGGAACCUCAUAUUGGAAGCGAAGUCAGAAAAUCUAAUACAUUAACAUAUUUAUCUUAUUGAAAAGACCUUCUUGGAUACUUCUGUUGAUAUGAUUUCCGAACGUUGUAAAACCUAUACAUAAACUUGAGUAUGAAAACAGUGUGCAUGCAGUCCCUUUUACAACGAUAUAGUUCUUCUGAAGACUAAGCAAAAUUCCUGAAGCCACUAAGAAUGU